UUUAUUACAUGCCCGCCUUAUAUAAACCUAGCAGGAGGACUCCUGAAAGCUCCAGGCUGCUGAGAAAGGCUGGCUCCUUGUGCAGAUCGCCUAACAAGACUGAAUUCCUGUUGAGGAAAACCUCUCCAUCUUCGACCUGCUAAAGAUCCAGAAAAGUUGCCCAUUUCCCCCUCUCCAAACAGCUAAAGAUGAAUAAAAUUAUUGUUUAUGAAGAGAAAGACUUUGAGGGGUUCAGGAAAGAAUUCACUUGCAGUGUUCCUGACCUACGUACUGUAGACUUUGGGGAUUGCAUUUCCUCCCUUAAGGUGAUUGGACAGCCUUGGCUGGUCUUCCGUGAUCCCAACUAUAAAGGUGUGGGUUUUGCAUAUGAAGAAGGUGAACAUAAGCACAUCCAGUUAAGUAAUAACAUUUCUUCUAUCCAACUAGUCACUGAGGACUUGGAAGAUCCUCAGAUCACACUUUAUGAGCACCCUAACUAUGAAGGGAUAAGCAAAGUGAUAAAAGAGGAAACCAACCUAAGUUACGGGUAUUUCAAUGACAAGGCAUCUUCCCAUAUUGUCCAGAAAGGUGCCUGGCUCCUCUAUGAACAUCCAAGGAGAGGUGGUUGGUACUAUAUAGCUCGAGAAGGAACGAAGCUUGAUAAUUAUGGCCCUUUGUAUCAUUUCCACGAUAAGUGUUCCCACGUGUAUCCCCUUAAAAGUGGCCGGCCUGUUAUCACUAGCAGGAUCUUAUGGGAUCGCAAGAACUUGGAGAGUGAGAGGGAUGUGAUGAUUGAUGAGAUAAAUUGUAUCAACAGCACAGAAACAGAGCAGACAUUCACCACCACCAGCAGUCGAACCUAUGAAAUGUUCACAAGCCACAGCUUCAAACUAGCAGUCCCUAACCUUCAAAUAAAUGAGAGUUUCAAUUUAAGCAUAGAUCCGAGCACCAACCUGACAGUAGAAAAAGGAAAGAUUGACUCUAUUACUACUGUAAACAAAGUCGAGGUGACCAUGCCAGCCAAGGUCCCCCCAAAAUCGGAAUUGAGCAUCCAGGUGAUCAUGAAGGUAGCCACGUUCUCCGUUCCUGUGGAGCUGAUCAUCACCAAUAAUGGUAAAUCAAGGACGGAAAUUGGGCAGUAUCGUAGUGUGUCAGGACGCAACAUCAUCACCAAAUACAGUAUGAAAUCAGUGAAAAAUUAAGCAGAGGACCAGUAAUCGUCAAAAGCAAAAUGACCAUGCCAGCCAACAACCCACUUUCAUUUUGAACUGAACAGCUGUAGCUGCAUUUCUUCUUCCAUGGAAAGAUAAGUACUUGGCAUCUGGAACAGAGCAAAACUUAUUAAAUAAUAUUUUGUUACAUGUUCAUUGAUCUGCUAUUACCGCAGACAUUGAAGACACUAUACCAGAUGAAAUUCCUGAAAGUAGCAAGACUCCGAUGCUGGUUUCAAGGGACUGAUGAAGUGCAAAUUGAUAACAGGAGGACUGUGUAAUUCAUAUAAAAAUAUAUAGCAAAGAAAUCUGGAAUCCACAGUCAGUACAGUGAACUAGAAAAUAAUAUCACUUCACUGACAAAAGACAUCCAACAGAGGGAAUCCAACAGAAAGUAGCUGUUAGGACACAGGUUGGUAAUAAAUAGCUUGCAGGCUCAAUUAAGCCUCCACAGCAACUCUAUAUGGUCUGCAGUUCUACUUAUGCUUCUUAAAUCCUGAUUUUUAAAAUGAUUUCUAUGGUUAAUAGUUGCAAAUAUGCACCUUCAAUGCUACAUUUAAGCACUCUAGAGAACAUACUUCUGCCAAUUUUGUAUCAUUAUAUUUUUGCAUCAUGUACUUGGCUCCAGCUGCUGUUUGGAUGCUUUUCUGCUUAUUAAACCAGACUGGUGAAUAUCUCAA